CCCAAUCGCAUUCUUCAGAAUAAAGAAACGCCAUAACUGUGCUGUCAAGAGGAUAACUUUUGUGUCCGUUUCUCUUCAUUACUAAAGACUUGGGGGUCUUCCGAGGAAUGUACAUCAUUUCGACAAGACCGACCAAGGUCAAGUCUGAGGCCGGAAACAUCAACAGUGAAGACAAACCCAGCCUGCCUCUCUCCUUCCACACUGAGUCCAAACCUACAGUCACUGGGUCCUGAUUGUGACAGUGGAGCCCAGUUUGUACUGCAGGAUCCAGAGAUGACAUCAGUGAAGCUGGAGGACUGCAGUCAAACACUGGAGCUGAAUGUCAACAUUAAAGAUGAAGAAGAGGAGGAGGAGAAGAUUGGGACAUCUGUUUCUCAUGUGAGGACAGACCCAGCCUGCCUCUCUCCUUCCACACUGAGUAGAAACCUACAGUCACUGAGUCCUGAUUGUGACAGUGGAGCCCAGUUUGCACUGCAGGAUCCAGAGAUGGCAUCAGUGAAGCUGGAAGACUGCAGUCAAACACUGGAGCUGAAUGUCAACAUUAAAGAUGAAGAAGAGGAGGAGAAGAUUGGGACAUCUGUUAAUCAUGGAGACCAUGUUGAGACCUUCUCUACAUCCAGAGAGCAACAGCAGGAAGAUCACAGAGCUAAGAGGUCUCACCACUGCCCACAUUGUGAGAAGAGUUUCCCAAUUCUAUCAAAUCUAAAAAUACACCUAAAAAUACACACAGACCAGAAUCUGUAUUCCUGCACAGAUUGUGAGAAGAGAUUCACAACAUCACAGGCUCUGACAGCUCAUCAGAAAGUGCACACUGGAGAGAAGCCAUACUUCUGCUUUGUCUGUGGGGAGAGUUUCUUUCAACAGGGCCAUCUAAAAACCCACAAUCGAAUACACACAAGAGAGAAGCCAUACUCCUGCUUUGACUGUGGGGAGAGUUUCUCUCAACAGGGCCACCUAAAAACCCACCAACGAAUACACACAGGAGAGAAGCCUUACUCCUGCUCUGACUGUGGAAAGAGUUUCUCUCAACUGGGCAGCUUAAAAACACACCAACGUAUACACACAGGAGAGAAGCCUUACUCCUGCUCUUACUGUGGGGAGUGUUUCUCUCAACUGGGCAACUUAAAAACACAUGAACGUAUACACACAGGAGAGAAGCCUUUCUCCUGCACUGACUGUGGGAAGAGCUUCACAACAUCACAAGCUCUGACAGUUCAUCAGAGAGUGCACACUGGAGAGAAGCCUUACUACUGCUCUGAAUGUGGAAAGAGUUUCUCCCAAUUGGAUAUGUUAAAAUGUCACCAACGAAUACAUACAGGAGAGAAGCCUUACUCAUGCUCUGACUGUGGUAAGAGUUUCUCUCAACUGGGCAACUUAGAAGCACACCAACGUAUACACACAGGAGAGAAGCCUUACUCCUGCUCUGACUGUGGGAAGUGCUUCACAACAUCAGCUGAGCUAAAAGUUCAUAAAAGAUCACACACAGGAGAGAAGCCUUACACCUGUUCUGACUGUAGAAAGAGUUUCUCCCGAUUGGAUAUGUUGAAAUGUCAUCAGCGAAUACAUACAGGAGAGAAGCCUUACUCCUGCUCUGACUGUGGAAAAAGGUUCUCCCAACUGGGCAACUUAGAAGCACACCAACGUAUACACACAGGAGAGAAGCCUUACUCCUGCUCUGACUGCGGGAAGAGUUUCUCCCGAUUGGAUACCUUAAAACGCCACAAAUGUAUACAUAAAGGGCAGAAGCCUCAUCAGUUUUCUCAGACCAGCUAAGACUUAAAGUUACUCCAUCACUUAAAGAUGCACUAUGUAGAAAUCACUCCACCAUUUCCUGCAUGUUAAAAUUGCAAUAGUUCUAAAAUAAGCAGCCAUUGUGUAGUGAAUCAUUGAACCAUCUAAACCGCUGUGAAAUAUAUUUUCCAUUCUCAAAAUAUUGUAUUUUCAGCUGUUGUACAAAAAUGGAAGUAAAAAACAAAACUUCAGAACGGGAAGCAUAG